AUGGCACCCAUAGGCGAUACCAUGCUCGGCUUUUCGUUAAUGGGGCUAAUUGCCGGGAUCGUUAUGUGUAUCUUCUGGGUCCGGGGCCUGUGGCGUGGUCGAGAGGGAGGAGCGCGGCGACGUCUCGCGCUCAUGACCGCUGCUGGCACCCUGUUUCUCGCUCUCCUCGCUGGCCCGACGGCUGUCUCGGCGAAGGGUACAUCCACCGUCUCACGCACGCUACCGCAUCGCGAUUGUACGAAAACAAGCCCCUGGAACACCGAAAGUGCGGAGGCGAACCAUUCCCCGCCCGAGUGCUCGCAGAUGUGCGCCUCGAGUAUUGAGGGUAGCGACUAUGAUAACGACACUUUUAGCUACCUCGCUGACAGCGGAGAAGAUGAGGAUAGAGUGGAUGAAGCCACAAAGUUCCCGGUCGACGCCACCCUCGACCGCUUUUCACAACAUUGCAGUCUUGGUAACGUUCUCGACCCUGGCACCGCUAUCACGGAGACCCGGCGUUGUUGGAACUUCAUCGAGGCUUUCAUUCCCGGAGCUUGCGAUAUGUCAGCGGUUUCCGGAGAGUUCGCCAACGGGUUGACCAAUGGGAAGGAACUAUCGAAAUGCAUCGAGGAGGCCUACAUAUGGAAGGUCCUAACAAAUGGUACUGUCCCGUUGGCUGACUUGGUGCGACUUGUGCAGCCCGAGUCUGGUCGCGUUCGGGAUGAACUUUGA